AUGUCUAAGCCAUCAAUCGGCUUUGUUGGUCUGGGAGCCAUGGGUUUCGGCAUGGCUACCCAUCUAGUGAAGGAAGGAUAUCCCGUUCAUGGAUUCGAUGUCUUCUCUGCUUCAAUAGAGCGCUUCAAGGCUGCCGGCGGUAUUCCAGCCUCCUCACUACAAGAUUCUGCCCGCGAUAAGUCAUACUAUGUGUGUAUGGUAGCGUCUGCGCCUCAAGUGCAAUCCGUUCUUUUCGUCGAAGAAGGCAUUAUUUCCGCUCUCCCACAGAAUGCGACCCUAAUUUUGUGCUCGACAGUUUCGGCUUCUUAUGCCAAAUCCGUUGCAGCGGAGUUACAAUCUCGCGGACGCAGCGAUAUCCAUUUCAUCGACGCACCCGUAUCUGGCGGUGCUAUACGUGCCGCUGACGGAACUCUUUCUAUAAUGGCCGGUGCACCAGAUAAGGCGCUGGAGAGCGGUAAAUUUCUGCUCCAGGCCAUGUCCGAUGCAAAGAAGCUGUACCUAGUACCCGGUGGUAUUGGCGCAGGAAGUAACAUGAAGAUGGUACAUCAAGUACUGGCCGGAAUUCAUAUCCUUGGAGCGAGCGAGGCAAUGGGCUUUGCGGCACAACUCAGCUUGGACGCGACAACGACGGCAGAUGCUAUCAAGUCGUCGAAAUCAUGGACGUGGAUGCAUGAGAAUAGACUUCAGCGCAUGCUUGACGAGGACUGGAAUCCUGGUGCUAGUGCUUUGACUAUUAUAUUGAAGGAUAUCGGUAUUAUCACAACUUCUGCACGCCUGAGCCAAUUCCCAACUCCUCUUGCUUCGACGGCUGAGCAGAUUUACCUUUCUGCUCUUCUGCAGGGCUAUGGAGCCAAAGACGACUCAUCUGUGGUCCGUCAGUAUUUCCCAGAGCCUAUUUUGAAGGUUUCAAGCAUUCUGUCGGCCGAGGAGAAGGCAGAUGCCCAAAAGCUUGUGCUUGAUAUGAUGGAGUUGACAAAUCUCGUUGCCGCGGCUGAGGCCAUCGCAUUUGCGAAAUACCUCGAUGUUGACCUGGAGCAGUUCUUUUCCCUGGUCAGUGAUGCUGCGGGAUCUAGCCGACAAUUUGUGACGAAGGGGCUGGAGAUGAUAUCAGGCGAUAUUACCGAGGAUGCUGAAACAGUCGACGAGGCUACCUCUCGUUUGGAGAAGGCGGUGCAAAAGGCGAGAGAUCUGCACUGUCCAUUGCAUCUUGGAAAUUCGGCGUUGAGUGUUCUAUACCUGGCUAAGAAGGCUGGGCUGGGUGCCAGUCGCAGUGCCAAGAUAAUUGAUAUCUUCCAAGGUCAGGUAUAG